UUGCACUCGUCGCCGCUGCAGAUGACAGCAUAAACUAAGCUGGUGUCAUGGCUGUGGAGGGUGUUUCUCCAGAUUGGGAAUUUGACCGCUUUGACGACGGGUCCCAGAAAAUCCAUGCUGAGGUGCAGCUGAAGAACUAUGGCAAGUUCUUAGAGGAGUACACAUCUCAGCUGAAAGGGAUUGAAGAUGCACUGGAUGAAUCCAUUGGAGAUGUCUGGGAUUUUACUCUAGAUCCUAUAGCACUCCAGCUUCUACCUUAUGAACAGUCAUCUCUGCUUGAACUCAUUAAGACAGAAAACAAGGUUCUUAACAAGGUUAUCACAGUUUAUGCUGCUCUUUGCUGUGAGAUCAAAAAGCUGAAACAUGAGGCAGAAACCAAGUUUUACACUGGCCUUCUGUAUUAUGGGGAAGGAGCUUCUCACACCAGUGUGGUGGAGGGGGAAUCCCAGAUUCAGAUGGGAAGGUUUAUGUCCUUUUUACAGGAGCUCUCCUGCUUUGUAACAAGGUGUUCUGAGGUGGUGGUCAAUGUGGUGCAUCAACUGGCUUCCCUUUACAGCAGUAAUAAGAGUGCCACUAAAAUUAUUGAGUCCUCAGGAGUUCAUUUUCAGACAGUGUUUGAACACUUGGGGGAGCUGCUGAGUGUGCUCCUGACCCUGGAUGAGAUCAUUGAAAACCAUGCAGCUCUUAAGGACCACUGGACCAUGUACAAAAGGUUACUGAAAUCUGUGCAUCAUAACCCGUCCAAAUUUUCCAUCCAAGAGGAGAAAUUGAAGCCCUUUGAGAAACUGCUGUUAAAACUAGAGGGGCAUAUACUGGAUGGAAUGAUAUUUCAGGCCUGUGUGGAGCAGCAGUUUGACACUCUGGCUGAGGGUGUGUCCGUCUCCAAAAACAGCACUUUUGCUGAGGAGUUUGCUCUUAACAUUCGCACAAUUUUCAUCAAUGUGGAAUCUAAACUAGGAGAGCCUGCAGAAAUAGACCAGAGGGAUAAAUACGUAGGGGUCUGUGGUCUGUUUGUUCUUCAUUUCCACAUCUUCAGGACUGUUGAUAAGAAGCUGUUUAAGUCACUGCUGGAUGUCUGUAAAAAGGUUCCAGCUGUCACCCUGACCGGCAACAUCAUGUGGUUUACAGACACGUUCCUGGUGGCGAAGGUUCCUGCUGCCGCCAAAAUGCUGGACAAGAAGAGUCUGCACAGCAUCCGGGCCCAGAGGGACAACUUCUUGCAGCAGAAAGCCCAGAUGCUGGUCAAGGAUGUGCAGUCUUACUACGUGUUUGUAACAUCUUGGAUGAUGAAAAUGGAGUCCAUUUUAGCCAAAGAGAAGAGGACUGAUAAAUUUGCUGAAGAUCUGAGCAACAGAUGUACCAUUUUUAUACAGGGUAUCCUUUAUGCAUACAGCAUCAGCACCAUCAUCAAAACCACUAUGAAUCUCUACAUGUCCAUGCAGAAGCCCAUGACUAAAACUUCAGUGAAGGCUUUGUGCAGGCUGGUGGAGCUGCUAAAGGCUGUGGAGCACACUUUCCACCGGCGGGCAAUGGUGGUCGCAGACUCCGUGUCCCACAUCACCCAGCACCUCCAGUACCAGGCCCUCAACUCCAUCGCCACAGCCAAGAAAAGAGUGAUCUCUGAUAAGAAGUACAGUGAGCAGCGGCUGGAUGUGCUGUCAGCACUGGUGUUGGCAGAGAAUGCACUCAAUGGCCCGAGCACCAAGGAGAGGAGGCUGGUUGUGUCGCUGGCGCUUAGCGUGGGCACUCAGAUGAAGACCUUUAAAGAUGAAGAACUGCUCCCCCUGCAGCUGGUCCUGAAAAAGCUGGACCUAAUUAGUGAGCUGAGAGAGAGAGUUAAGAUUCAGUGUGACUGUAGCUUCCUGUAUUGGCACCGGGCAGUGUUCCCCAUUUACCUGGAUGACGUUUAUGACCAUGCAGUGGACGCAGCUAGGAUACAUUAUAUGUUCAGCGCCCUCAGGGAUUGUGUUCCUGCCAUGCUACACGCCAAACACCUGGAGUCCUGUGAGCAGCUAUUGGAGAGCUACAACCUGGAGAUCAUGGACAUCUUCAAGGAGCACCUACUGGACAAGCUGUGCAAGGAGAUUGAGAAAGACCUCCGUCUCUCAGUGCACACUCACCUGAAGCUGGAUGACAGGAACCCCUUCAAGGUGGGAAUGAAGGACCUGGCUCAUUUCUUCUAUCUCAAGCCAAUUCGAUUCUUCAACCGUUUCAUCGACAUCAAAGCAUAUGUGACGCAUUACCUGGACAAGACGUUCUACAACCUGACUACAGUGGCUCUGCAUGACUGGGCCACUUACAGUGAGAUGAGGAACCUGGCCACCCAGCGCUAUGGGCUUGUGAUGACUGAGGCACACCUCCCCAGCCAGACUCUGGAGCAGGGUUUGGAUGUGCUGGAGAUCAUGAGAAACAUCCAUGUCUUUGUGUCACGAUACCUUUAUAACCUCAAUAACCAGAUCUUCAUCGAAAGGACAAGCAAUAACAAGCACCUCAACACCAUCAACAUCCGGCACAUUGCCAACUCCAUCCGAACACACGGCACAGGGAUCAUGAACACAACGGUCAAUUUCACCUACCAGUUCCUGCGCAAGAAGUUUUACAUAUUCAGCCAGUUCAUGUAUGAUGAGCACAUCAAGUCAAGGUUAAUCAAGGACAUUCGAUUCUUCAGGGAAACCAAGGACCAAACGGACCAAAAGUACCCAUUUGAGAGAGCAGAGAAGUUUAACCGGGGGAUCAGAAAGCUGGGGAUCACCCCUGAUGGACAGAGCUAUCUGGACCAGUUCAGGCAGCUCAUUAGCCAAAUAGGGAAUGCCAUGGGCUAUGUGCGUAUGAUCCGAUCUGGGGGUCUGCACUGCUGUAGCAAUGCAAUAAGGUUCGUCCCUGACCUUGAAGACAUUGUCAACUUUGAAGAACUGGUAAAAGAAGAAGGACUCUCGGAGGAAACUCAAAAAUCAGCCAGAGUCCUGGAUUCUGUCCUUGGUGAUCUGACCAGCAACUCAGCAGAAGGGACUGAGUAUUUCAAAAAGCUGGUGGAUGUGUUUGCACCUGAAUUCCGCAGCGCCAAAAACAUGCACCUGCGCAACUUCUAUAUGAUUGUCCCUCCAUUGACCGUUAACUUUGCAGAACAUUCCAUUAGCUGCAAGGAGAAGCUGAACAAAAAGAAUAAAGUAGGAGCUGCCUUCACGGAUGAUGGUUUUGCUAUGGGUGUUGCCUACAUACUGAAGCUGCUGGAUCAGUACCAGGAGUUUGACUCCCUGCAUUGGUUGCAGGCCGUCCGGGAGAAGUAUUUACGUGAGAUGAAGUCUAUGGUCAAGGAGCAGAAUGUCCAGGCCACCAGUCAGGAUGAGAAACUGAUGCAAACCAUGAACCUCACACAGAAGAGGCUUGAUAUCUACUUACAGGAAUUUGAGCUGCUUUACUUCUCACUAAGCAGUGCCAGGAUUUUCUUCAGGGCGGACAAAACGGCAGCAGAGGAAAACCAGGAGAAGAAAGACAAGGAUGAAGUAUCCAAAACAGGCAAUGGUGACUCACCUAGUUCAUCCACUGAUCCCAGUAUGAAAUAAAACAGAUCUGAGCAACGUUUAACUGGGAAUCCAUUCCUCAGAUUGCUGAAGCAGUGUUUCAAGCCACUACAUGGCUCUGUGUUGAUAUUUUGACACUGUUGAGCUUCAAAAUUACUCCUGUCUAGAGAUUUCUACAUGUGAGGAGAGCUUAAAGCGCUUACUUUUGGUUUGAAUGACUAAAGACAGACCUUCAGAUACCCUGUAAAACCAGAAUCCGGCAUCGAUAAACAGAUACUUUGAAGGGUGAUCCUGUUGAUGAAGGUUCUGCUCUCAAUGAACCCAAGAGCAUUCUGUACUGCCAGCCUGUCCCCAGCAGGGGCCGCUUAUAACCAGAGCACUGUAGGAAGUCCCCAGCAAGACAAGUGGAACUGUUUCCACAUUCCUGCUCCCAUUUGCCCACUAUAUUUUUUGCUGAACAGUGCAAAUGUUUCUCUUUUUCUAUUGUUGAAUAACCAGUUAAGUUGUAUUAACGUAAGGGACUAUGAAACUGACACAAAAACAGCCAAGUCCUUUGUGAGCUGCUGUUGUCAAUAGGUUUGAUACUCCUUUUUCCAGAUUAAAUAGUUUACUAAAACAAUGUAAAGUCAUCUUGAUUUAUAGUUGUGAUUUCUGUAUUUAUAAUAAUGCCCAUCACAUAAAUAUAAUCCUAUAACCAAAGUCUGUCUCUUAACACCACAUUUUCAUGGUUUAAAAAAUAUUUCUUCAAUAAAAAAUGGUGUUUCUAUAAUGGUGUGCAUUAAAUGUGAAUUAUCUUCUAACAGAAAUAUGGGCAUUCUUAAAAAAAAAGACUAAACAAUAUUUGGCCACACAAAGAUGCUAUUUAACAAUGAUAUGCUUUUUUUUCCCCCUUGCACAUCCCUCUGCUGUAUCUUAAAUAUGUUAUUAUGUAACAGCUUUUCUAUUGUCAUUAUAUGAUUUAACUCACACAUUGAUGUAAUGUACAUGAAUUAAUAAAUGUGUUUAAAAAAUUA